AUGUGGCUGCCUCCACACGUGGUCCAAGCAGCCACCCCUCUCCCUGCACACUCUCUAUCCAGCUCUCGCUCUGCCUUCACUCUUUACUCCGCUACACCUAUGGCCAUCCCACCGAACGCACAUGCCUUGGAACCUACUCCCUUCGCCACCAGCGUCAGGGCCCAGAUACUCGCAGGGUCGCCCAGUAGAACCAAUGUCCCUACUGGGGGGCCCUGGACACUGAGCUCAACAGCAGAAUCUCUCACUCAUUCCACCACAGCAUGUCCAUCAGUUAACGCAUCCAUUCCUCCCUGUCCAGAGCCGCAUCAGCCAAGAUCUUCCAGCUACGUCCCUCGCACAACGAGCACCCGUCCCACACCACCAGCCAACUAUUCAACCCAUCGUCACUACAUCAACAACCAGUGCCCUUUAGGAUUUCCCAAUGUAAUUGGGUGCAUUGAUGGCACCCAUAUUCCCAUCAUCGCUCCUUCCCAAAAUGAGGCCGAUUAUGUCAAUCGGAAGUCCAUCCACAGCAUUAAUGUGCAGAUCAUAUGUGAUGCUGCACACAUAAUUACAAAUGUGGAGGCUAAGUGGCCCGGCUCGGUUCAUGACUCACGGAUAUAUCGUGAGUCAUCUCUGAGCAACAGAAUGGGCCAAGGAGAGAUCGAUGGCCUGCUGCUGGGUGAUAGGGGUUACCCGUGCCAACCUACACUCAUAACCCCUUACCCAGAACCUGAGCCAGGCCCCCAGCAGCACUUCAAUGUGGCACACAACAGGACAAGAUCCCGGGUGGAGAUGACCAUAGGCCUGUUGAAAUCACGUUUCCAGUGCCUACGCCACCUCAGGGUGACCCCUGAAAAGGCUUGUGACAUUAUUGUGGCAUGUGUUGUUCUUCAUAAUAUUGCCAUUAUUAGAGGGGAGCAACACCCUGCCCUACAAAUUCAAGACCCUGAGGAAGACCUCAUACACCAUGGGGAUUUCCAGGAUGGAAGGGUGGUCAGAGACCUCAUAUGCCGCAAUGUCUUUGGACACUAAUGAACCACACCAACACAGGA